AUGGCGGUGGAUCAGGUCAACACCGAAGAGGCACUUCGGCGGGUCAUCCAGACCACUCCCAUCAUCGACCAUCACGCACACCCGCUGCUCAAGCUCGGCGCGAUAAGGAAGCAUUCGCUUCUAUCUAUCGCUACCGAGGCUAACGGUGAUGCCCUCGACUCCUCGCGCACAAGUUUGGCUCACAUCCGCACCGUGAAGCAUCUGUCCGGACUUCUCGGAACUGAGCCAACCUGGGAAGCUGUCGAGGCAGCUAUCGUGAAGAAGCAAGGGGGAAACUACCAGGAAUGGAUCCGGACAUGUCUGUCGGGGAUCGAGAACAUCCUCGUAGACGACGGUCUGGGCAACUCGGCUGAUGUCGAGCCUUACAACACUCUUGACGCCUAUACGAGAAGCCCUAACAAGCGUAUCCUCCGCAUUGAAGAGGUCGCGGCUGAUUGUAUUGAACGGGCAUGUGCCCAGUUCUCUCACCCCUCUGAGGCAUUCUCGGGGGCCGUCGAGAACUUUAUGGAUGCCAUCUACGACGCCCUCGACGACCCCGAAGUUGUCGGCUUCAAGUCCGUCAUCUGCUAUCGGACCGGCCUCGACGUGGUCCAGAUCACCGACCUGGAACUUCUCAUGUCAAAGUUCCAGGUCGUCUUCGACGAGAGGAAGGCUGAAGGUGCUGAGAAGUUCACACGGCUUGAGCAUGAGCCCCUCAACGAUUACUUCCUCCAUAUCCUGGCCGGCUUGAUACAAAACAGCGAGGACGAGCACAAGAAGCCUCUUCAGUUCCAUACGGGUCUUGGCGACAACGACAUAACCCUGACCAAGUCAUCGCCUGCCCAUCUGCAGGAAUUCAUCAAGACAUACCCCGAAGUGCCGAUUGUGCUUCUCCACGCCGGCUAUCCUUUCACCCGCGAGCUAGGGUAUCUGGCCACUGUCUACAGCAAUGUGUACGCAGACAUCGGCGAGGUGUUCCCCUUCCUGAGCCGUGACGGACAGGAAGGAGUCGUCCGCCAGAUUCUGGAACUCUGCCCCGUAUCCAAGAUCCUCUGGAGCACAGAUGGCCACUGGUUCCCCGAGACGUACGUUCUGGCCGUUGACCAGCUCCGAGAAGUCCUGGACACGGUCCUCGUCGACUAUGUCUAUAAAGGGGACUUGGCCUGGUCGCAAGCAGGCCAGCUGGUCCAGGAUAUCUUGUUCAACAACGCAAACAAGCUCUAUGACCUUAGAUUGGAGUUCCGACCUCUGCAGCCGGACUCCAGCUAUAGGCUUGAGGGCUCCGAGCACAACAACAUAGCAACCCUUGCCCGGUUCCUGAAGAACAAGGAGGAGCCGAGGUUCCUGCGGGUGUACUGGAACGACUUCACAGCGAUGCCUCGGAUGAGGGCUAUCCCGAUGCGUAGGGUAUGGUCUAUGCUUCGCAACGGUGAGGAUUUUACUUUUGGCGUGACAAAGGCCGGCCUUGGUCUUCUCCAGGUUGAUGUGCCAGCGCCAAAUGUCACACCGACGGGAGAGUACAGACUGCAUCCGGAUCUCAACACUCUGCGCCUUGGUCCUCGGAAGGGGCAUAUCACUGUCAUGGGAGACUUCAAGGAGAAGGACGGUUCAGCUGUUGCUCUUUGCCCUAGGACCCUAUUGAAGAAGACUCUUGCCAAGGCAGCUGAACAAGGUCUGGCGUUUACCCUUGGGUUCGAGAUUGAGCUCAUCCUCUUCCGUCGUGGAGAAGAGACCAAAUACGAGGCUCUCAACGGUGAUGGACAUGCAUGGUCAGUAGGACGAGCUAUGGAACACGAGGCGAUCGAAGUCCUCGAGGACGCCAUCGAACAGCUCGACGCCGCUGGUGUAUACAUCGAAAUGGUACACCCCGAGAGCGCCAAUGGGCAGUACGAGGUUAUUAUGCCCAAGGCGCCUGCGCUAGAGGCGGUAGACACUCUUCUCUACGCACGGGACGUCAUCAACAGCUGUGCCACAGCUCGAGGAUUCCGCAUGACGCUGCACCCCAAGGCCUACGCCAUGGCUUGUGGAACGGCGGCGCAUGUACACAUGUCAAUCUCAUCGGCCAAGGGCUCGGACAAGGAGGUGUAUGAACCAUUCUACGCCGGUGUCCUAAAGCACCUUCGGGCCAUCACCGCCUUUACAUACAGCAACAUGGUCAGCUACGAACGAGUGCUGGACGGCUGCUGGGCUGGUGGUACUUGGGUGGCCUGGGGCACGCAGAACCGCGAGACGCCGCUGCGCAAGAUCGAGGACAGUCACUGGGAGCUCAAGUGCAUCGACGGCCUCGCGAACCCUUAUCUGGCGCUGUCGGCGGUGCUGCUGGCGGGCACCAAGGGCGUGGCCGACGGGGAGAAGAUGGCGUGGGGGGACUGUGUCGAAGACCCGUCGCAGCUGUCGCUUUCGGAGAGGGAGAGGCUUAACGUGAAGGUGAAGCUACCUAAGAGCAUCAAGGAGGCCCUCGGGGCGCUGAUGCAGGACACGGAGCUGUGCGAGCUACUGGGGUCGGGGCUUGUGCACAGGUAUUUCGAUGUCAAGAAGGCUGAGACGGACAUGCUGGAGAAGAUGGAUGAUGAGGAGCGGUCUCGAUGGAUCAUGGAGCGGUAUUAA